AUGGCAGCCCUGGUGAAGGUAUUGUGCCUCUUGGCAGCUUUGAUGGUAGCGUGUCUGGCUGAGCCAGGAACAAUUGGCUACCAAUACUUGUAUGGGGGCAGAAUUGGAGGGGCUGGUCUGUAUGGAAACAUCGCGGCGGGCGGCGGGUAUGGUCGCUACAGCGGAUAUGGCGGCGGAUACGAUGAUUCCUUUUACGGCCCUGGUGGUUUUUACGGUGAUAUUGGUGGAUACAACGCUGGGUUUGGCGGCGGAUACGAUGAUUCUUUUUACGGUCCUGGUGGUUUUUAUGGUGGUAUAGGCGGAUCCGGCGGUGGAUAUGGCGGAUAUGGUGGAUAUGGCGGCGGAUACAGAGGCUCUGUUCACGGUUUAGGCGGCUACGGCGGCCAUGGGGCUUUUUAUUAA